AUGGCUUCGGCGGGCAGCGGCAUGGAGGAGGUGCGCGUGUCGGUGCUGACCCCGCUGAAGCUGGUCGGGCUGGUGUGCAUCUUCCUGGCGCUGUGUCUGGACCUGGGGGCCGUGCUGAGCCCGGCCUGGGUCACGGCCGACCACCAGUACUACCUGUCCCUGUGGGAGUCCUGCCGGAAGCCCGCCAGCUUGGACAGCUGGCACUGCGAUUCCACGCUCAGCAGCGAUUGGCAGAUUGCUACUCUGGCUUUACUCUUGGGCGGUGCUGCCAUCAUUCUUAUUGCAUUCCUGGUGGGUUUGAUUUCUAUCUGCGUGGGAUCUCGAAGGCGCUUCUACCGACCUGUUGCUGUCAUGCUUUUUGCAGCAGUUGUUUUACAGGUUUGCAGCCUGGUCCUUUACCCAAUCAAGUUCAUUGAAACUGUGAGCUUGAAAAUUUACCAUGAGUUCAACUGGGGUUAUGGCCUGGCCUGGGGUGCAACUAUAUUUUCAUUUGGGGGUGCCAUCCUUUAUUGCCUGAACCCUAAGAACUACGAAGACUACUACUAGAACCAACAGUCUCACAUUUUAAAAAACAACCAACCAUCCAACAAAAGGAUUACGUCUGUUAUCUUUUCUAACUCACUGUUUUCUAAAACACAUGUGGAGCAUCAAGCAGUUUCCUCAGUUGAUUUAAUAUCUUUUGCCUUUUGGCUGUCAACAUCAUAACCAGCGUUCACAUCCAUUUUAGGGACCUGCACAAAUUAAGAGAGCUGAUUAGACAUAGGCAAAUGCUGCAAACUUCCAAUAUGUUCAUGUCAUUUUUCUUGACAAGUGAAGGGUCUAUAUAGGCAAUGCUUUGGCAAUCAGCUUCUCCCCAGGAAGGGAGUCAAGACUUGGAGGCAUGUGCUUUUCAUUGUGCGGCUAGCAAUUGUGCCUCAGCCAUAUCUAGAAUGAGGAAAAUUGAGAGUCUCUGCUUUCCCUGGGGCAACUAGAAAGAAAUAUGCAUGAGUUGCUUUUGUCCGAAGUACCCUUUAAAUCAUUUACCAAACAUUACUGCAAAUAAUUGUGCAUAUGUAACAAGCUUAAAUAUUUUUAUAGAAGGUGAACCAUUAGUAUAAAUGGUAAUAAGUUGUUCCCUACUCCAAUACAUGCAUUUGCCUAUUACAUAUAAAAGUAAUAUUUGCUCUAGUGAAGUGAUUUGAACACUAACCUUGUACACGUUAAGAGGCUUAGAUUGGUAUUCACACUUAUUUACUGUACAAAAGUACAUAUACCUUAAAGCUUUUGCUCUGUGUUCUCUACUGUUUCACUGGAAAGUUUUAAUAGAAUUGUAUAAGAAGAAAAAUUGAAAUGGUGUUAAUCUGAAAAUUCAUGAUUCUUCUGCAAGCACUGUAGUUCAAAAGAGAGUAGCAAUUAGAAUGAUCAUUUUGUUAAAAGUUCAGUAAAAUAGAAGGCUGCUUUUUUUCAAGUACUUUAAAUGUCUUUAUUAAAAAAUAAAAGAAUAGUGAUAGAUUUAUAGAAAUGUCUAAAUGUCUCAGUAGAGGAGUAGAAUUCAUCUGGUUAUCACCUGGUCCUCUGAAGUUAACUAAUGGGCUGAUUUCUGCACACAAUUAUGAUGGAUUUAUGUUAAGGGAAUCAUUUGUUGGCUGUUCAAAUGGAAGGAAGGAAAUAUCAAUGAUAGGGAAUAAGUUUGCAACUAAUCUCACACUGCAAACUUGCAUUAAUCCUGUUUAAUACACAAAUUUGGAUAGUUUAAUUAUAAACAUAUUUUUAUAUCAAAUAAUACAGUUCUAAUAUAAAAGUUAUAGAUAGUUAUUUUUGUUAACAAAGACACUAAAACAGUAUGUCCUGGUUUUGGCCCUUUUGCAGAAAGAAGCAUUGGAAAAAUCAUUUAAAACCUACUUAUGUUCUAUUGUAUUGCAAAAUCUGUUAAGAGCAGGACCACAUCAAUAGUAUUUAAUAAUUUGCUUUACCUCCCAGAGCAGAGUUCUGCUUUCAGCUUGUCUUAAGAACUGUUGCCAGAACAACAGGGGAAAAAAAUCUAUUUUAUUAUUCAAACGCUUAAAAAAAAAAAACCCUUCCAUCUUUUGACUUCUCUAUAGAAUCACAAAGUAAAUAUGAAGAACCAGGCUUGAUCUUACUUUAGCAAUGACAGACAAAAGUAAUUAAAUGCAUCCUAGAGGGGCACCUGGGUGGCUCAGUUGGUUAAGCGACUGCCUUCGGCUCAGGUCAUGAUCCUGGAGUCCCGGGAUCGAGUCCCAUAUCGGGCUCCCUGCUCAGCAGGGAGUCUGCUUCUCCCUCUGACCCUCCCCCCUCUCAUGCUCUCUAUCUCAUUCUCUCUCUCAAAUAAAUAAAUAAAAUCUUAAAAAAAAAAAAUAAAUGCAUCCUAGAGAGAAACCUUUAUAAAAGUAUAUGAUUCUCUAUAGACUCAUAAGAAACUAUGGGUGGAAGUUUUCCAGAAGGAUAUUAGUAUCAUAGAAUCUUCUGAAGCAAUUUUCUUGAAAAAUAGUGAAAUCUGGGCCAGACUGUCUUGCAGUUAAUUGCAUAUUGUCAGAGCAGCAUGAGAAAUACAGUAUUUGUUGGAUAGGGAUUUUGGCUAUUAAACACUCUCUAUUGUGAGAGAGUCUCUUUAUUCCUGAAUAAUGGGAGAACAGUACUUUGGGGCUGACAUCAGUGAGGCACUUUUCUUAGUCCUAGCAGAGGAUGCAGUGUGCUGUUAGACCGGUAUCACAUCUCGAGUCGUACCAAGUUUUCAUUCUCUGUCAAUAUGACAGGCUGGAAAAUGACAGACUAUGUUAUAGGCUAAGGCACACAUAUUUGCAGUACACUCAAAGGUAGAUUUCUUAUAUAAGUUUUCUCCCCUUCCCAGUGAAGAGCCCUAUGUUGUAUUUCUACCAUCACUAAUAUUUGAAAGUAUUUCAUGACUAACAAGCUCAGUACAACACGAAAAUUGUUGCUUAUCCGAAAUACUUUUUGUCUAUCAGAAUGAACACAUGUGAAUUUUCACCUACAUUACGUCUUUGCAGCUUUAGGUUUGUUUGAUGUUUUCUUACAAGCAAAACUGUUGACUAUAAAUCCAUUGUUUAUCUUAGAGCGAUAUAUACGCAUACACACAUAGAGCAUAAAGUACUCAUCAGGGCUAGUUACUUGGAUUUCUUGCACAACUAUUUAGCUUUUUGUAAGUUCAACAUGUAAAUUUUAAAGACAAAUAUAGAGAGACCUAUGUGUUUGAAAUAUAAAUGAUAUAUAUGGAUUAGCAUGUACCUGUAUAUUAUUAAACAUGCAAUGAACUGACUGGUAAGUGACGUCUAAUUGUAUGGCUAGCAAUGUAAUUUAUUCAGACUGUAUUUUUGUACAGAGCAGCGCACACUAACCUAUGCCUCUGUGUCCUCUUUAAUGCCUAAAACUGUGCCUAGAAAUUUCAUCUGUCUUAAAAAAUAAAAUUAUACUUCAUGCUGUUUAUGCUAUAGUUUCUCUACUGCUGUUCUAUAUUUAUUAUUUUUAAAUAUAUGACAUGUUUACUACUUAAAUAUGAAUCCAUGGUAUUCUGGUUAUUUUUUCUAACAGUCCUCUGGGGGAAACCUGUUUAUCACUCCAGUGGUUUUGAGUUUGCAGUUUCGCGAUCGGUUCUUCAUUUCCUGAUUUUUGUAGCUGACAUGAAGUUAUCUAUGUGGAAAAAAUAAAAAUAAAAGUGGUUUCACUGA